AUGAAGGUGGAUGACUCUGCUGGUCCUGAUCAGGUGUGUCCAAGACCCCUGCAAGAGGCUAGGGAAGAAAUUGCGGAACCACUGGCUGAUAUAUUUAUAUUAUCGUUUGCCACAGUGAACCUAAUAACAAUUGUAAUUCUCUCACGAGGGCAGUGUGGUCUUUCAAAGUGCAUCUCUGUCUACAUGGUGGCUAUGGCAACAGCAAACCUAUUGGUUUUGACCAUUAAUAUAAUGGUGUAUUAUAUUUUCAGUUAUCAUUUUCCACAUUCACUCCUGUCUCACACUCCUGUGUGUACUUUCAUUUUGUAUAUGACUGUUGUCAGCCUUGAUUUAACAAUUUGGUUCACUGUGUCCUUCACAUUUGACCGUUUUAUAAUUAUGUGCCACCAGAGAUUUAAAGCAACAUACUGCACCAAGAGAACAGCGUCAAUGGUUAUAACAAUGUUCUCUAUCCUGAUAUUUGUAAAGAAUAUUACUGUUUGGUUUGCAUAUGAACAUGAAAAUGUAAUUAACAAAACGCAGUGGGGCUGUCGGGGAAGUUUGGCAUUUUUUUCCUCAACCUUUGGUGUUGUGUCUGUCUGGUUUCAUAGCAUUUGGCAAGUUUGGCUCCCAUUCGCUUUAAUCAUUUUGUUAAAUUCUUUGACAGUGAGAUGUGUUCUAGUGGCCACUAGAGCCCGUAGAUCUCUCCGGGGACACACACAUGAGAAUGAGAGAGAUUCAGAGAUAGAGAGCAGAAGGAAAUCCAUCAUUUUACUCUUCACUAUAUCGGGCAGUUUCAUAUUGCUAUGGCUGACAGCAAAUGUAAGCUUUGUUACGACAAAAGUAACAAACACAACUUACUAUCGAGGAGACCGUACAUCACCUGUGUACAUCGCCACUGAGUCUGGAGCGAUGAUAAAACAUUUGAAUUCCUGCACAAACACAUGUAUUUAUGCAGCUACUCAGAAAAAUUUCAGGGAAGAGUUUAAGAAGGUUCUGAAAUUUCCCUGGGCAUUGAUUGAAAGAUUUUUGAAAAAUGAGCAACUUCAAUUGAGACCUUGUUUGAGAGACUAG